ACUUCUGUAACAAAACAUCUCUGCCAGAGAGUUUCCCCUUAUGGUUGCGAACUGAUUUUACCCAGUUCUUCUUCCCGUUUUCACACAAAUUCAGGGAGGUUUAUCGCCGUGCGGCUGAAGCUGGGAGGAUGCCUGUGGAAAAGACGGAGCACCGCGGAGUCGACGAGCUCUACAGAUACUAUGAGGUUUAUGAGACUAUCGGCUCAGGAGGCUUUGCUAAAGUCAAGCUGGGUCGACACAUCCUGACAGGAGAGAAGGUUGCCAUCAAAAUCAUGAAUAAGAAGGAUUUAGGGGAUGACCUGCCACGUGUGAAGGUGGAGAUUGAGGCCAUGAAGAACCUCAGUCAUCAGCAUGUCUGUCGUCUUUACCAGGUCAUAGAGACAACCACUCAGAUCUUCAUGGUGCUGGAGCACUGUCCAGGUGGGGAGUUGUUUGAUUACAUCAUAGCAAAGGACCGCCUGUCAGAGGAGGAGACCAGGGUGUUUUUCAGACAGAUUGUUUCUGCGAUGGCCUACGUCCACAGCCAGGGAUAUGCACACAGAGAUCUAAAACCGGAAAACUUGUUGAUUGAUGAAGACCACAACUUGAAACUCAUAGAUUUUGGCCUUUGUGCCAAACCUAAGGGAGGUCUGAGUUAUGAGCUGAUGACGUGUUGUGGGAGCCCUGCAUACGCUGCUCCUGAACUCAUCCAGGGAAAAGCAUAUAUUGGUUCAGAGGCUGAUGUGUGGAGUAUGGGGGUACUGCUGUUCGCUCUGCUCUGUGGAUAUCUGCCCUUCGAUGAUGACAAUUGCAUGGUCCUCUACAGGAAAAUUACAAGAGGUAAAUAUGACAACCCUCAAUGGCUCUCUCCAGGUAGUAUCCUACUCCUCAACCAGAUGAUGCAGGUGGACCCCAAGCGGCGUCUUACCGUUCGACAGCUGCUAGACCAUCCUUGGGUGAUGAAAGACUACAACAGCCCCGUGGGGUGGCACAGCAGGCAGCCGCUUGGCCACAUAGACGAGGACUGUAUCACAGAGAUGGCAGUCAACAUGAAGCGAUCCAGAGAGAGCACCACAGCGCUGGUGAAGGAGUGGCGGUAUGAUCACACCACAGCCACCUACCUCCUGCUGCUGUCAAAGAAGCAGAGGGGAAAGCCUGUCCGCCUGCGCCCCGAGCCAACUGCCUGUGAGGACUCCUGCUCUCCUCUUCACCGGGGACUACAGUCUAGGGAAGCCCUUCAUUUUAGCGAGGAUGAAGACGCUGUGAUUGUGGGUUCUUUGGAUUUUUGCUCAGAAUACAUUGAUGAUUGUCCAUGGGUUUCAGUCACGCAACACACACCUCAAGGUGUCAGAGGUCAGCCAAAUGGAGUCGCAAACAACAGAGAUGUGAGACAGGCAUCUCCAUCAGUGGAGAAAAGAUGUGCUUACAGCCCGACUCCAGAGAGGGGGCGAACAACUACACAGCACCACCAGGAGAGGAGGGACAGAGACCAAGAGCGAGUUAUCGAGAACAAGGAGAAUAUUGCUGUUCAGGAGAAAGAUGUUAAAGUUUUUGCGUUGCCUCCUCCUCGAACUCCUGUGUCCAGUAAGAAGAAUGCACACCCCAACAAGAAUGUGCUGACCACACCCAAUCAAAAUACUAACGUCAAUAUCAGCAAAGCCAAUGCUGUCACACCUAAAGGUGGAGGCAGCGCCUCUAAAGAACACAGCAAGAAGAAAACAACAGAGAACAAGGAGUCUGCAAACAUUGAAAUACUGGCCUUCAGUCCUGAGAGAAGGUCUCGGUCCUUGGACAUGGCUGUGACGGGAGACAGUGGGAAGAAGAGGAGAGGAGGGAAGGUGUUUGGUUCUCUGGAGAGAGGCCUGGACAAGAUGAUCACCAUGCUCACUCCCAGCAAGAGACGAGCCCUGCGUGACGGCCCACGCAAGAUCAAGGCACAAUACAAUGUGACGUUGACUAGUCAAACAAACCCAGACCAGGUGCUAAACCAGAUCCUCUCCAUCCUGCCAGAGAAACAUGUCGACUUUACACAGAAAGGGUAUACCCUAAAGUGCCAGACCUGGGGCGACUUUGGGAAGGUGACAAUGGCGUUUGAGCUGGAGGUGUGCUUGCUGCAGAGGCCAGAGGUCGUUGGCAUCCGCCGCCAGAGGCUGAAGGGAGACGCUUGGGUCUACAAGCACCUGGUGGAGGACAUUCUCUCCACAUCCCGUAUUUAAAUAAUGCACUUUUCCGACAAUACCUUCAAAUGUACAGCGACAUGACACCUUUUAAUUGUUCUUUAUGAAUAUUGAAUAUUGUCCUUAGGCGAGUCUGCAAUUCCUAGAGUACAUGAUAAAUUGAAUUUGUGAGCGUUGCAUGUCAGGAUCCUUUACACCGUAUCUAGUUUUAUGUAGAAUAUUGUUGUUUUACUUCCCUUUGUCAUUAUUAUUAAGCUAAAUAGGAUCUGUUUCAGUCCUCUUGAGAUGAAUGAGUGUGUGUGUAUGAAAUGUAUUUACAGUAUACCUUCUGGCUGUUUAUUACCAUAUUUAUGUCAUGAUGUUGUUAUUCUCCCCUGCAGGUGCAAAACUUGAUUUAAUAACAUAAAUAAGCAGAGAUUUACUGAAAUAAGUAGAACAUUACUAAUUUACUGUCAUAGUUUUUUAUGUAUAUGUGUUUACAGUUCUUCAAUCAUGAUGUUUUUACAUGGUUAUAUGAAGUGUCUGCUUUUAUUUCUUAUUGGUGCUUUUCUUGUUUUCACUGUCUUCCACAUUACGUCCGUAAGAUUUUUUACUGACAAUGUAAAAGGAGCAAAAUAAAUGAUUUCUGCUAAGUGUAACAUGUCCGUGUUUAUGGAGACAGAUGAUUGAGGAGGAUUUAGGGACUUUGUUGACAUAAAAUUGUUUUUUUUUGUUUGUUUUUUUUAGUUCAUUUGGCAGUUUGAUGGAGCAGUGUUGUGUUUCACACUCUGUCAUCAUCCUUCUGUUCAUCUUCAUAUUCAUAGUCUCCACUUCUCUUGGGUACAGAGAUUGAUGGUGAUAGUUUGGCUUAGUGACAGUGUUUCUAAGCGUAUACCACCAAUAAAAUGAGAGGUGAAAGGUGUCAAAUGUCUAUAACGUCUACAACAUUUCAGCACGUUCAGCACUCACGUGCUGACUAGACUCAUUGUUUGGAUAUAAUUGAAACUAAGAGUGUGUGUUUAGCAUUUUUUAUACAACUGU